CUUGUUUAUAUUUGUAACAUAAAUUGAUUUUUGAAGUCUUUAAUUUCUUUUUGGUUGAUAAAUAAAUUCACAUUUCAAAAUAUCAUAUUAUAUUUUGUUAUGUGAUAUACAAAUUUUAGUUUAAUAUUAUUUAAAAUAUUUUUUUUUCUAAUUUCAUACUUAAAUCAUUAUACAUAAUAAAUUUAGACAACCAUUUAAAAUCGAAAAAUUUAAAAAUAUAAAUUUGGAUCUGGUGAAUUAAUUAAGAAAUAAAUCCGGUGCAAUCGGGAUAAUUAAGAAACAAAUCUGGUGAAUUUAUUAAGAAUUUUUUUUUACAUAAAAGAUUGAUUGAAAUAUCUUAUUUAACACAGAAAAACAAAUUCGGGAUUGAUCGAAAUCCGAACGGCCAUGGAAGAACCACCACCGAAGGAGGAAAGUAACGCCCCUGGGGGUGCACAAAACCCUAGCAACCUCUUUGGCGGUGUAGACUCAAUCAGCUCUCUACCAGACGAGAUGCUCCACCAUAUCUUCUCCUUUGUUCCGACCAAGGUAGCCAACACAACUAGCGUCUUGUCCAAACGUUGGAGGCAUUUGUGGUGCAAGACACCUUAUCUCUCUUUUCCCCAUCACAAAUCAUCUCUUGAAUCGAUUCACGAAACCCUAGCCAGCUACACUGCUGCAAAAAUCACGAGAUUCCAUCUCUACGUUGAUAGAGAAACAUCCGAAGCCAGCGAAAGGAGUCGUCACCACGUUGAUAGCUUGAUCGAGUUUGCGAUAUCCCACAACGUGGAGAAGCUUUCUUUGGUAUUGAAUGCAUACUACGUUUUUCCAGAUUUCUUCUUCAGCAAUUCAUCUCUAAAGCAACUCAUCGUAGAUUCAUGGAACUAUAUGAGUCCCAAAUGCACCGUUUCUUGGACAUCACUUCAGAACUUGUCUUUGAGGAACUCUUCACUCGAUGAAUCUUUUACUAAGGUUCUGUCUGGUUCUCUAAUGCUGGAAAGCUUGACAUUGCAGUCUUGUUCACUUUCUUGUCUUGAUCUGAGUGAAUCACCGCGCCUUAGACGACUGAAUUUAGAAUUCUUCAAUUCUUCUCCAAGAAAAUGUCAUAUAGUGGCUCCUCAUAUCCAUUACUUGAGAAUGAUAGAUUUUACGCAAAAAUAUAGUUUAGUUGAUGUCUCCUCCUCUUUAAUAGAAGCUAACAUAGACACUAUCUAUUUCUUACCUCGAUUCUGGUGUACUCAAGAUGAUCCCUCGAAGGAUCCCUCAAAGCAUGAUUACCAAGUGAUGAUGCAAACGAUGCUAGAAAAGUUGCAGAACGUUGAGAACCUUACUGUUGGGCUUAGCUUUCUUCAGAUGCUAUCUAUUGCCGAGUACAGUGGUGUUCAUUUCCCGACGUUUAAUGUCAAAACGUUGACUCUUAAAACAACAAUUUUGCGAUCUGCGGUUCUUGGUAUAGCAAAGCUGCUACAAAACUCACCUGAAUUAAAGAAAAUUGUUUUUUACAAAACUGAAGAUUGGAACUGCUCAGUGGAGAAAUAUGUUAAUCGCUACAUGGAGCCACAAGAUCCACAAGACCUGAUCUUUCCUGCUAAGUCAGCGUUUAAAGUUGCAAAGCCGGAUCUCGUGGCUUCCUUCAUGGAACUUUUGCUGCGAAACACAAGAAAACUAGAGACAUUGGUUCUCCAGUUGAGGAGUUGCCUUAAUAUAUCAAAUUAUGAUGAGCUGUCUCAAAUCGCUCUUACACUUUCUCACAAAAAUAAGGUCUCCAUUGUGCUGAAAUGAUCGAGUGGUGUUAUAUUAUGUAUCAUGGGUUUCUAGUGUUGGGCCAUUCAACAAUUUUAUUUAUUUGCUAAUUCUACUGAUAGGAGAGGAAUUUGCUUUAGGUGCACCUGAUUUACUUAUAGUAGUAAGCAUGCAUGGUUCUAUUAUAGAAACGAAACUACUUCAAUAGAAAUAAAUAAAACCAUCAGUGUUCAUC